AUGAUUUCGUACCGAAAGGCUGCAACAUGGGUGGGUAAAAUACGCCAUUUUUCGACGUUUUCGACCCUCAGGUCGGCACAUGGGCACAAUACAAGAAAGACAUUAGCCGAUAUUAAGCAGCUAUACGAAACAAAGCAACCCAUAGCAAUGGUUACUGCCUAUGACUAUAUUAGUGCUCAGGUCUGCGAAGCUGCAAAUGCAGAUAUUACCCUUGUGGGUGAUUCUCUUGCAAUGGUGGCGCUUGGGUACAAUGACACCAACGAAAUACCGUAUGAGGAGUUUUUGUACCAUAUCAAGGCAGUUAAUAGGGGAAAUAAUACUGCAAUGGUAGUGGCCGAUGUGCCAUUUGGGUCCAGCGAAUUGUCUACAGAACAAGCAAUUGCCACGUCAAUUGAUAUGGUAAAGCGAGGUGGGGUCCAAGGGGUUAAGAUUGAAGGCGGACGUAACGUUGCCGCAAAGAUUAAAAGUGUCGUAGACAUCGGUAUACCAGUUAUGGGCCAUGUCGGAUUAACCCCACAAAAGUAUCAUGCGUUGGGAGGCUAUAAAUUACAGGGAAAUAGUACCGAGUCAUCAUGGAGCAUCUACGAAGAUUGUCUAGCUCUACAAGAAGCGGGUGCGUUCUCAAUUGUGUUGGAAUGUAUGCCCAAUAAGCUAGCUGAGCUCAUCACUGAAAAACUCUCAAUUCCCACCAUCGGGAUCGGAGCUGGUCCCAAGUGCUCUGGUCAAGUAUUGGUGUACGCCGACAUGUUGGGCAUGUUGAGUCCUGACCACAAGAAAGCCAAGUUUGUGAAAUCAUAUGGGAAUAUUUACGACCAGUCUGUCGAUAGUGUAAAGCAGUAUAUCGCCGAGGUGAAAGAUUCAUCGUUUCCCAACCCAGACGAACACGGCUACAAGAUAAAAUCGGAGGUACUCAAGGCAUUGAGGACUCGGGCUGGCUAG